AAAAAAAAAAAAAAAAAAAGAAGAAUGGCUGCAAAGGAGAAGUUGGAGGCAGUAUUAAAUGUGGCCCUAAGGGUCCCAAGCAUCAUGCUGUUGGAUGUCUUGUACAGAUGGGAUGUCAGCUCAUUCUUCCAGCAGAUCCAAAGAAGUAGCCUGCACAACAACCCUCUCUUCCAGUACAAGUACUUGGCCCUUAAUAUGCAUUAUGUGGGUUACAUCUUAAGUGUUGUGCUCCUGACUUUACCGAGGCAACACCUGGUUCAGCUUUACCUGUACUUUUUGACUGCACUGCUGCUUUAUGCUGGGCACCAAAUUUCCAGGGAUUAUGUGAGGAGCGAGUUGGAAUCAGGAUAUGAAGGGCCCAUGUACUUGGAACCUCUCUCCAUGAAUCGUUUCAUGACUGCUUUAGUGGGUCAGCUGGUGGUCUGUACGCUCUGCUCCUGCGUCAUGAAAACAAAACAGAUCUGGCUUUUCUCUGCUCACAUGCUCCCUCUGCUGGCACGACUCUGCCUGGUCCCUUUGGAAACCAUUGUGGUCAUCAACAAAUUUGCCAUGAUUUUCACCGGUUUGGAAGUUCUCUACUUUCUGGCAUCAAAUCUUCUGGUGCCCUAUAACUUGGCGAAAUCUGCAUACAGAGAGCUCGUCCAGGUGGUGGAGGUGUAUGGUCUCCUGGCUUUGGGGAUGUCUCUCUGGAACCAGCUGGUCGUCCCAGUUCUUUUCAUGGUGUUUUGGCUUGUCUUGUUUGCUCUUCAGAUCUAUUCCUAUUUCAGUACACGGGACCAGCCUGCCUCAAGAGAGAGGCUCCUCUUCCUCUUCUUGACAAGUAUUGCUGAAUGCUGUAGCACUCCAUACUCGCUGCUGGGCUUGGUCUUCACAGUCUCCUUUGUUGCUUUGGGAGUUCUGACACUCUGCAAGUUUUACUUGCAGGGUUACCGAGCGUUUAUGAAUGACCCUGCUAUGAACAGGGGAAUGACUGAAGGAGUCACGCUCCUGAUCCUGGCUGUGCAGACAGGUUUGAUUGAGCUCCAAGUUGUGCAUCGGGCGUUCCUGCUCAGUAUUAUUCUUUUCAUUGUGGUGGCAUCCAUACUUCAGUCCAUGCUGGAAAUUGCUGAUCCCAUUGUCUUGGCAUUGGGAGCCUCAAGGGACAAGAGUCUGUGGAAGCACUUCCGAGCAGUCAGCCUCUGUUUGUUCUUACUUGUAUUCCCUGCGUACAUGGCCUACAUGAUUUGUCAGUUUUUCCACAUGGAUUUCUGGCUGUUGAUCAUUAUCUCCAGCAGUAUUCUAACCUCUCUUCAGGUGCUUGGGACACUCUUCAUUUAUGUUUUGUUUAUGGUGGAGGAGUUCAGAAAAGAACCAGUAGAAAAUAUGGACGAUGUGAUUUAUUAUGUAAAUGGCACGUACCGGCUGCUGGAAUUCCUCGUCGCUCUCUGUGUGGUGGCAUACGGUGUCUCGGAAACGAUCUUUGGUGAAUGGACUGUGAUGGGUUCUGUGAUCAUCUUCAUUCACUCCUAUUACAAUGUGUGGUUGCGGGCCCAGCUGGGAUGGAAAAGUUUCCUCCUUCGCAGAGACGCUGUGAAUAAGAUAAAAUCACUGCCUGUUGCCACAAAAGAGCAGUUGGAGCAGCACAAUGAUAUCUGUGCCAUCUGCUACCAGGAUAUGAAAACUGCUGUAAUCACACCAUGUAGCCAUUUUUUUCAUGCGGGUUGUCUUAAGAAAUGGCUGUAUGUGCAAGAAACCUGCCCUUUGUGCCACUGCCAACUGAAGAGCCCUUCACAGCUAGCGGGACUGGGACCAGAGCCAGUGCAACAGCCAAAUCCUAGCGCAGAGCAAAAUACCAGACCUGGAGAUGCAGCUGAGCCCCCCGGUGUUGAACGUGACAAUGGGCCAGAUAUGAAAGACAGCCCUGGAAAGAGCAACGGACAGGGUGCUAAUGGACAGGACAGCCCGGGGGUCUCUACUGCGACGGAGGGGGCUCCAGGCAUGGACAGUGACACGAGCCUGUGUGAGGCCAGCCAGGGAGCAGCCUGUGCUGCAGAACUAAUUGCAGCCCCAGAGGGGUGCCCCGCUCGAGACCCGAGGGUUUCUGUCCAGCUCUGA